CCUUCUCCAGUCAGUCGAUCGGCGGUUGCAGCACAUCAGGAAACUAGGACUGGAUCUUCGCCAACUCCUUUGUCGAGAUGCGGCUUGGUGUUCCAGAUCAGCUUCCGGGGCACUCCGUUCGCCACCUCCGACCACGACGGAGACGACUCCGACACCAUCUUGGGGACGACCUGACCUUCCCCUCGUGGUCGGCUGUCUGCCCUGCCCCGCCAAGCCCUCCGCUCUCGCUCCGGCCGGCGCAAGCACUUUGUGGUCCGCCAUCAAUACUGCACUCGCCCAGUGUUCGAUGAAAUGCUGCUUACACCUCACACCCUCCACACCCUCCUCACCGCCGGCGCCCACACCAAGCACUCCGCCACCGUCCGUCUCACCACCCCAGCGUCUGCCGCCGUGGACCCUGGACGGGGUCGGCCCUCACCGCCCGCACCCACUCACCACCCGCACUCCGAGAGUUACUUUCAACUGAAUUCCUUAAGAAAUAUCGUAUAGAUGCUGAGAAUUUCACACCAUUCUCAUUAUAUAAUAUCUACUUCAGAGAAAGGUUGGGAGAUGUCUUACCAUUAUACUAACACUUCCGCAGCUGCCUUCGGUGCUGGCCUCAUCCUUCAGGAUCUCAAAAUAGAAAACAAGGCAGGGCCUCAUGGCGUACAGGCGGUAGCCCUCCUUGUUGCGGGAGACCAGAGUGUCAUCAAUCGCUGCGGCAUCGAAGGCUACCAUGACACGCUCUAUGCACAUAACAAUCGCCAGUUCUACCGUGAUUCUUGGAUAUCGGGCACCGUCGACGUCAUCUUUGGGAACGCUGCAGCCGCCUUCCAGAACUGUCAAAUCUUUGCUCGCAAGCCCCUGAAUGGCCACAAUAAGAACACCAUCACCGCCCAAGGUCGGAUCUGCCCGACCCAAAACUCGGGCAUGUCGUUCCAGGAUUGCCAGGUAUUGCCUGCCGACGACCUCAAGCCUGUUAUGGGUUCUGUUCGGACGUACCUCGGCCGGCCAUGGAGGACGUAUGCGAGGGUGGUGUUCAUGCAAUCGUUCCUCGCCGAGCACAUCGACCCUAAGGGGUAUAUUUCAUGGAACGCGGGGCCUGAUACGGUGUACUAUGGGGAGUAUCAGAAUUGGGGGCCAGGGGCCAACACUAAAGACCGGGUAAAGUGGCCCGGAUGUCAUUCGUUCACAGAUUCAUCAGAGGUAGAGGAUUUCACAGUGGCACGACUGAUACAAGGAGACACUUGGUUGAAGUAUAGUGGGGUGCCUUACAAGGUAUGGUUCUGAUGAGAUGGGUUAUAUUGAAGAACAUAGUAAUUGGAAUGUGGUCUAUUAUUUUUUUUCGUUGAAAUAAUGGCUUUUUUUUUUUAUGAGAAGUACAGUUUCUAGAAAGUGGAUGAAUAUCUCCUUUUAGAAAAGGGGAAGACGAAUAAAUUUCCAGUAUGAUGAUGCAAUUGUUUUUUUUUUUUAUGUAUAUGUUAAAUGGGAGUAUAUUGGUUCUAAACAAAAAUCCC